AUGGCUCCGAGGAAGAGAGACACGAAGGCGGUAGCGAGGCCCGGUGCGGCAGAACCACGACGUUCGGGUCGUGCUGCUGCUAGUUCUGCGGAUGUAGCAGAACACUCGGGUCUCGCCAUGUCGACCCCAAAGUCCGAAGCGAGCUCGCGAGCUAGGACCCCAAGAAGGCCAGCCGCUAGAGGGAAAUGGAGCGAGGAGCAGCUAUUGACGAGCGAUAAGUCCCUCCUCAUUGACCUUGAUCUAGUGAAACUGCUGGCACGACCUGAAGCAUGGAAUUGCCUUGAGGAAAGCGAUAAGCGCGAAAUCCUCGCUCUACUCCCCCCAGAUGUUCACCCGGAGGCACAAUCUACAUUAGACGACCCAGACGCAAAGAUACAACCGAUACCCGACUCUUUUAUCCGUUAUUCAAAUAACUGGCGCGACGGAGUUCGACAGUUCCAGAUCGACCUCCAAAACGGGCGCUACGACCCAGAAUGGCUACACCAGGCGCAGGAAGCCAGACAGCAGCGCGAAAACGGGGACUUUGACGACUUCAAAGAGCGCGAAUAUGAGCAGUUCUGGGGACAGAAGCAGAAAGUCUUCUGGAAUGCAGCUGCUGGAGAAAGUGCGCGUGUGAAGAUGGGAACUCUUAUCGAAGAAGGUGUCAUCCAGCUGGGCGACGUCUGGAAAUUUUACUACGUUUACGGUAGAGGCCCCGGCAAGAUUGUCGUCGAAAAGGAAGUUAGGGUCGUUGACCGUGAUGGGGUGAAAUUGACCUUUGCGAUUCCACCUGGUGAACGAGUCUUUCUUCGCAGCAAUUUCGACAAAGCAGAGCCAUUUUCGACACCAGAGAAGGGAAAGGAAGAUGUGAAAGCCGAUCUCGACACACAGUCACAGCCAGUGACACCAUCUCGGAAUGAUAGACAGUUGAAAUACGAGCACCCAGAAUCACAGGCCACCGAAGCGACCUCUAAUGGCGAAGAUAUCAAGCUUGAUAGCGAGAAAGCGCCACAAGAUGCCAUUGAUUCUUCCAAUGACGAGGAAAUAAAGCUUGGCAAUGGUCGAGCGCCACAUCAGAUCCCUACAGCUCCCACUGACGAGAUGAAUAUCAAAACCGACCAAGCGCCACAGGUGACCCCUGCUUCUUUCAAUAAGGAGGGAAUGAAUCUCGACAAUGACAGAGCGCCACAUGAGAUCCCUACAUUUUCCACCGACGACAUGAAUAUCGACACCGAAACCGCCACACAGCCAGUCAUUUCGCCUUCAAAUGAGGAAGAGGGCCAACAAGAAACGCCAUUCAGCGUUGUUAUUUUCAGCCCCGGUGGUACACCAAAUCAAAAACCCAAGCGCACAAUUCCUGAGCCCCAAACUCAGGCCCCAGUUAAGCGCAAGCGAGGGCGACCACGUAAAAACCCACCAAAGCAACCCGAACCGGAGCCGCCCAAGGAACCGGAGGUGUCUCAGGAAAUUGAAGUGACCCAAGGCGAGGAGCAGAAUACAACUGCUCCUCUUUCUUUCAUGGACAUCGUGGCUGCAAAAAUUGAAGAAAACGAAAACUGCAUAGCUGCAGCAGAAUCCUCCCACACAAAGCCCUCCCAGCCACAACCCUCUUGGUCGGUGCUUUCUUCUACUUCUCAGACCCCAGCGCCAAAGUUAUCUACGUCAGUAGAAGAGUCAUCCAUUGCCAAUACCAACGGCAAUAAUGAUAAAGUCGAAUUAUUGGAAUUAUCCACGGCUCAACCCGAUGCACCUAUGGACGGCGUCGUGGCACCUAUCGAGCCCCCUGUCGAGGCUGAGCAAGACGAAAUCAAUAAACCCCUAAGUACUGGAGAACAGAAAGAUCCAGUCCCAACUACAUCUCAAACUACUACCAGUGAGCCGGACGAGAUCAUCGUUCCCAAUCUCUCCUCGCCACAAGCACUUGUUUUGAAGAUCCUACAAAUCGAUGGCCGCAUGCCGAACGGCCGUACAUCGAAUGCCUGGAAGGAAAUCCGGUGCUACCGAAACAACCAGGACAUGGGCAGUCUCUUUGAUGUGCGAGAGGCUUGGUUCCUCCAGCAUGGACGACAUGAGUAG